AUGGGUCUGGUGCAGUGCGCAACGAGAGGAAUGGGAAGGGUUGAUAAGACUCCUUUAACAGCUCAAGGGCUCUUUGAUUCUCAUGUCACGGCCAUUCCUUACAACGCCUCCGGAGUCCAAGCCACAUCGAAAUUUUAUCAGCCGACGCAGUCUUACGUGAUUCCGCCUCUUUCAAAUGGUGGCGCGACAUAUGCUGAGCCAACACAAACGAAUGGCACAACAUACACUGGGCCGACACAAACCUAUGUGGCUCCAUCUAACUCAGAGUUGAAUGCAACGAACUAUGCUGGGCCGACACAGCCAUAUGUGAUUCCGCCUCUUCAAGAGCCCCUGCCGGCCUCAUUGACACGGGCAGCAACGACGAAUGGGUACGCUUCUGGUCCACAACCCGCUCAGUCAAAGGCGAGGGAACAACACACACCGCAUUCUGAGCCGCCGUUCAAUUUCUCAUCUUGGCCAACCCCAUUACCGCAAUCGUCUACCCCAGUGCCGACGAAGGUGCUUUCAAACGGCAAAUAUCGGCAUUCCAAACAGGCGGAUUCAAAUCAGGGGGCAACGAACAAAAUCAAUCCCGCUAAUCCGGCACCAUCACAAACGCGACCCCGUGCCAAUACUGGUCGAAAAACGUUGGAACAGCACCGAAGAGAUGCAAUGAAAAGAGAUGGGGUUUACUCGGCUCCCGCGCCUCAGGCGUUCGCGCUCCCGAACACAAGUGUAUCUCCGUUCGCAGCUGACCUAGCUAAUGCUAUCAAUAGUCUAAGCGGAACAAACUCCAACCAUCCAGAGCGGCGUAAUGUACAGCAAACAAAGCCAUAUGUGCCGCAUGGUGUCACGAGGCCAAAAGAGCAGCAAGCUCGACAUGCGUCAACAUCGACUUCUACGUGGGCAGCCCCGCAGUCGAACCCAAACCACCAGCAUUACAGGGGGGAACGACCCGGAAUGCAAGCUGUGUCCAGAGUGCAGGUGCCGGAAAAGAAACAGAAGCGAAAAGGGGACAAGGAACAUUCCAAGAAUCCCGACAAUGACGUAGCCACGGCUCAGUCUGACGUCCCUUCUGGCUCGACUGACAUCGCCCCAUCCGCCUAUUCGAAGCAGGCGUUCGAUAUAUCUAGUGUGUAUGUGCCUCGUCCGACUGCAAUACCUGCUCCUCCAAAGGCAGGCUCGGAAGCCGUGAUCGCUAAUGGCGGUACAGAUGCUGGGCAGAUUACGCUUCCUCCAGUCCAACUUACCCCUCAUCCAACUACCAGUAGAACGGCAAUGGAGACAUCGGAACAGUAUCGAUCGGAUUCCCCACUCUUUACCCCUCCACCGGACAACCGCCGUCUAUCCCCGUCACAGGCAAUUCCAUCCGUGGAUAGGUUGUUCACCCCCACCCCGCCACCUGAGGCCCCAUCAUGCCCUUCUAUUCAUCUGCCAGCAGUGGAAACGAUAGAAAUAAGAAACAUACAAUCAAAAAAGAGGGUCUGGAUGUCCCAUGUCCGCGUCCCGCAUCUUCCAAAGGGCGUCCGAAAGGCAGAUUAUAAGCCCUUGUUCAAGGAGAACGUCAAGCAGAAGCGCUCUCGAGUGGACGUGCAAGUGCAUAGGUCGCUCGAGCAUGCAUUGAAUACUUCGCUGGAUCAUAAUGCGAACAGUGGAGUGAUACCCGAGUUAGGGCUUGGUAGGACGCAAUCAUCAAAACCGAGAACGGACAAGCACAAAAACAUAGAGCACGUGGGUAGGAGAGACGUCGCUGGCUCGUCAAAGAUGCAUGUAGCGGGGGCGAAACGCAAGCAUACCUCUGAGCAAGAUCUUCAUCAUCGAAAGCACGAGGUAGCAGCGGAUGAAAGGCGGGAUGUGGAUGUGAGGCCGAAGAAGAAGUUCAAGCCUACGGGUUGGAAGUCGACCUCUGAUUUGAGCGAAGUUGGUUCCGGAGCUGAUGUUGUGCAUGUGGGGACGACGAUUGAACGUAUUGGGCGAUACGGAUACACGAAGUACAACGCCGAGGAGGACGUGGUGCGCAUGCUUUGGGAUCGGGUCAAAGUUGUUCCUGCGCCUGUCCUGGCCAUGAAUAUCAGGCACUUGGGCGAGAGGGUUGGGGUGGAUCGUGCCACGAUUACGGGAAAGCCAGGUCGGAAAAGCAAGUCGAAGGGAGAAAAAGGGGGACAAGGAGACAAGUGGUUUGUUUGGCACAUGCCGCGAAAUCCAGUUUACGAGGUGGGGGAUUCGGGAGAGUUGGUUGAGCUCGAUGGAGGGAUAUCGGUUGGCAGGUCAGUGAGGAUGGAAGAUUGGAGUGAUGAAGAGGAGGUGCUAGAGGACAAGGAUUCGGAUAGUUUGGCACCGAAGGUCAAUGGUGUGGGACACCUACAGAAGAAGGAGAAGGGAAAGGAACUGUUCGAUAACCGAGCUCGCAAUCGCCAUGGUACGAGGUUGCCUAGCAUCACGUGUGCGGAGCAGCCUGGACCUCAAUCGCAGCACACGCUACCGCUCAAUCCGAUCAAGGCGUUGGCUCAGAGGUCGGAAGCGGGUCCACAACGGGGCCCUGGCAGGUCAUCGACAGUCCCAGCGGGUGGCCUUACAGAGAGCGGAGUGGAAGAGAAAGCAGUGAAACCGUCUGCAAAAGCUCUAGGGAAACGAAAGGCUGUCAGUCCUUCAUCUCCUCGGAAGAAACCUCCUGCGCGGAACUUUUCCUUGACCAAACACUUGACAACCCUUACCCUUACCCAACAAGAUCUGCAACCCGCUGACCCUCCGCAAAUCCCGUCCGACUGGGUUUCUCCUAGCGUGGCAUUCCCUCCUUCACCUGCUCCACGAUUUCAUUCCCAACAGCGUUCUCCGACCUCAAACCGUAGGGCAUCUGAUCCUAUGCGACUCUCUACCCCAAAGGAACGUUUGGUUCCUUCGAAGAAAGGGACGUCGACCACUCCUGCCUCUGGGCCAUCAGAUCCCACUGCUAACGUUCACUUGCAUCCCUAUAUGAAUGGAUUCGGAGCCAUGCAGGCGCCGACCUUGGGUAUGCAAUCUCCUGAGGGGAGAAGUAUCCCCUCAUGGACCAAGUUUACAUUCACCGCGUACAGCGACCCGAAGGCUCAGAAUGCGCUGUUGUCGUCUUUCACCCACGAUGCGCCUGAGGAUUCGUUUACAAUGUUUGGUCUCCCAAGCACGCUGCUACCCAUUGUCGACCCUAGCCAUCAUGAUGAAAGCCCACUGCUUAACAAUUCUACCCAUAACUCCCCGUUUGACCAUUUGGAUCUUCCUAGUAAUGAAAUGCAGCGGGAUGAAUCGGCCGUGCCUUGGGCGAGUUUGAUGCUUGAAAAGCAGUACGAAUUUGAUACUAUCGACCCAACAUUGCUGCAAGGAGAGGAGGCAGCAACGUUGCACGAAGAAUUGGACGUUAAGAUGGAGGCCGAAGGUCCCCCAUCACCUUGCAGCGAUGCAGCAGCGUUUGAGGAACUAGAGCCGUCAACACACAGCUCCGAUUCCGGUAGCGACUUUCAAGGAGACAACUCAGCUUCUUCUGCUCGUGUAGAGGGUCCGAGGACUAAACGUAUUCAAAGGCACCAGCCCAAUCUUGGAAACAGCGGAAACCUACCUUGUUCACAACCAGGAACUAGCGCCCUGUCGAGGCCAGUGGUCAAUCUAUCAGCAAUGAAGAUGCCAAACUUAAGGCCCGCCCCCAGAGGGUUUCAAUGGGAGCGUGUCAGUACAGAGGCUUAUUGCCAUCAAUGUCGCACCAAAACUUUCAGGCGUCGGAUGAAAUGUACCUGCAAAAAAGAAUUUUGUAAUCGUUGUAUCUCAUCCCGGUAUCCCGAGAUCAUCUUCACGUCUCAGUUUGAGGCUCAGUGCCCUUAUUGCUCAAAAUUUUGUAAUUGCGAUCUUUGUUGCGUGAAACGUGGCGACACCUAUGUUAAAACCCCAGCACCGGAAGCCUCGCUCAGCACAGCUACGGCGAAGCAUCCUCGUAUACAUCUUGGGGGCAAAACGAACCUCCCGCCUUUGGCCUCCGCCCGCGUCAAGAAACCCAGCGAGGCGGACGUACCCAAGCUACCCCGUGCGACACAUACCAUUACCGGUCCAGUCGAGUACUGGGGUGCAGUGUACAGCCUGAGCGGUGAGAAGGUUGCGACUGGAUUCAUUGGUGCUCAUGGUGAUGAGUCUGUUGUUUUCGCUCGUGAACUCCCUUUGUCUCAGCCCGUCAGGAAGCGGGAGUUCGUAGGGGCUAUUCAGCGCUCUUGGGGUCUUGGAAGGAAGCCUGUGGUCACGGAUCUCCACCCAGCAUCACCAGAUAAGAAAGCCAGCCGAGGAAAGGAACGACGGCUAUACAUUGGCGAUGGUUCACGUCUUCCCCCGCGUCGUAAACCUUCUAUCCGUGAUGACGACCUUCCUUCAUCAUUCGACUUUGGAACACCCACAUCCACCCUUACAAGCGUCAGCGACACCGAACAACAAGAAAACGAGAUAGACGAAGGUGAAUUUAUUCUUCCAGUAGUGGCCGGCGGAGUUGACUCAGAAUACUCUACAGAACUGAACCAAUUCUCACCGGAGUGUUUAUGUGAUGACGACAUGACCCGGGCCCUGGUGCUUGGUUUGCAUGCUGUCGGAGUCUUAGCCGUCGUUGGGGAACCAUCUCAACCAACCAACCCUCCUGUACCACCCACGUUGAGUAUGAGCCACCCCGUUUAUGUCUCGAAUUCGGGGGGAGCCAGUUUGCAACUGGCUUCCGCGUUUUCUACACUCAGCAUCCCAGAUGGCUCCGAGAACUUGCUCCAAAGCAAGACAACCGACCAGGCUGAAGAAUUGCCUAGUUUGGGUAUGCCUUCAAUUGUGCCGCUCACUGGAGCCGCCAUUCAACAGGAUCAGGCGAUAAUUGUUCAAGGUUCACCCACGUUGGGCCAUCAAAGUCGAUCUAUUGAUGCACCUCUCCCGUUAGCAAACUGUAACGCGCCUCCAUCAUCUAUGCAUUCUGAUCUUCCAUCUCCACAAUUUGGUACACUUCUCCCUCCUACGGAUUCCGCACCUCUACCUGCAGAAUUCGGCGCACCUCUUCCAUCUGUAGACCUGGGUGUACCUGCUCCUGCAGAGCUCGAUACGUCGCCUCCAUCUGCACGAUCUCUUCCAUGCGGCACACCUCUAAGCGAAGAGCCCGCAUCUCUCUCAUUACUGCCCCAAAGGUUGUCCAAAGGAACGAUCACAACCGAUGUUGCCUCUACUCUGGCUUCGUUCAACUUGGAUUGUCCGAUUACUAUGCCGCUUCGACCCCCACAACUAACCGAACGGCCUGCGACCACAUCGAACCCACAAGAACCGACACCCUCCCUUUCUGCUUCUCCCAAAACCACGAGCCUCGAUGGCUCCUUGAACCCCAGUAUGCAACAUGAGGGGUCAACCAUGUGGGCCUUAUCCUUCCUUGAUUCAUCCUCGAACAAGGGUAACGCUUGUGACAAGGACACCGUGACGUCACGACCGUCCGGUUCAAUACCCCUUCCCAACUUCACGCCCUAUGGUGGCAUUUAA